AAGCUCAGGAGAGAGAGCCCGAGGGAGAAGCUGUUGUCUCUUUUGUUGAAAAGACUGUUCACUCAGGGGUAGCGGUGAAUAGGAACUCUACUUUCUUCUCGAAUGGGUAUAGUAAGUGUGCCGCGAGUGCUCCGCUUCUGCUUCUCUCUAAUAACGAAAAAAUAACUCUUUCAGAAAGCAAAGCUCAGUCUAAGCUAUCUAAGCUAGAACUUAAGGCCGACCUCUUUUCCGGGGAUACCCCACUUCCCGGUCUAGCUUCACUAACUGUAUUCACAGCUUUCCAUAUCUCGGAACCAGAUCUACUUUCUCAUCGGCAUUCUCUAAAUGAAUUACGUUAUGGUCUUGAACUCUCGAUAUAUCAUAUGUAAUGACAGAUCGAGGUAAGCUUGUCUUUUACGUCAUAUGCUUUCCUCUUUUGUUACUCUGAUCUCUGAGAGUGGCUUUUGCCUAAGCUUUCUUUCAUAGCUUUCUUGAAGGGCUCGGGAGCUAGGUUAAGACCCUUUUUAGACCCUUAGUACAAUACCCUUUUUUCUCUUUUUCCUUUGUUGGACAUUCAGCCUUCGGGCAAACGGCUUGGGGCUCUUCUUCUCUCUUUCAUUAACGAGGCUCGUACAUACACAGAUUUAGGUAGUGAAUCUCCUUCCGAGCUCACAUUCGUGUGUGUUCUAGAAAUAUCAUAAGUAAGAGAAGAAAGCUGCUCUUAGCAGAGAGAGGGUGGAUAAGUUUCUAGUUCAUGGAUUGAUCGAAUGUAGUGCACACCUUGUUAGGUGAGAUUGGGUUGGUGUGAAGUGUACUAAACAAGCAACGAGCAAGAAAACGGGGCAAUCCAACUAAAGCAGCAAUCCAACUAAAGCAGCAAUCCAACUAAAGCAGCAAUCCAACUAAAGCAGCAAUCCAACUAAAGCAGCAAUCCAACUAAAGCAGCAAUCCAACUAAAGCAGCAAUCCAACUAAAGCAGCAAUCCAACUAAAGCAGCAAGAAAACGGCUGCGCGUGACUAACGCCUUAAACUAAGUGGGGGCUUUCGCGCUAGAGCGCUCAUCCGUUGCUUGUUCGUACUAACGCCUUAAACUAAGUGGGGGCUUUCGCUAACGGGCGCUAAUUCCGUUGCUUGUUCGUGACUAACGCCUUAAACUAAGUGGGGGCUUUCGCUAACGGGCGCCUUUAUUCGUAGCGGGCUUGUUCGUACUAACGCCUUAAACUAAGUGGGGGCUUUCGCUAACGAGCGACUUUAUUCGUAGCUGGCUUGUUCGUGACUAACGCCUUUACUAAACGUUAGCUUUCGCUAACGGGCGCUAAUUCCGUUGCUUGUUGCGUUAGUACGCACAUCCGCUGGUACAAGUACAAGAUCAAAAAGAAUCAGUACACGAAGAGAUGCCCAAGAGAAAAGGAAUCCGGGGCAGAAUUUCUCACUCUUCUAAGCGUCAAAAGGACCAACUAACGAGGAUAUGAAGGAGGAGCAGGAGUAGGAGCUAGCUUUAGUAGAGUCCGUAAAAACAUAAAAAAAAUAAUGGAUUUGUGGGAAGCUGUACAACCUUUUUUAGAGAAGUGUCUAGACGCCAUGCAAGAUGCGAGCGCGGAUGCCCUGCCUACAACUCAAGUCGAACCAGCAGAGGGCAGGUCGACUCAUUCUUCAAUUCAGGCUCAGGCGGGAGGCGAUGAUGCCGGACCUUCCCGCCAAGGAUCUGGUAUCAAAGUCAAUGCAAGCUUUGAAUCGUCAAUGCGAAAUCGCAUUGCCUGCCUCGAGCGGGACAAUAGCCCCUAUUUGCUAGAUAAGGCAAAGGGGGAGUACUGGGCGGAAAUCAAGGAUGAGCUAAAUCAUACUUCCUCUCAAAGGGAGUAUAACAUAUUACUUGAGUUUGAAAACAGGGACCUACGGAUACGGGAGCUAAAACAUAGCUGCUCGUCCUGUUUUCAACAGGUGCUUCUCCGCCACCCGACCUUGGCCGACCAGGCCCCAUACCACCCGCAAGAAGUGUUUGAUGACUACCUGGAUGAACGGCGGGAAGCCCUCGAUAGACUGGCGGAAGAGCCGGUGGGGCCAAGACCAAGGGGGCAAGGGGUGCCCGUGGAGGAACGAGACCGGCGCGAAAUAGCCUUUUUGGAAGAUCUGCUCUCAGAUCUCCAAGAAAAGGAGAUAGCCGCCGUGAUCCAACCUAUUUUUGGUCAAUCCCCUACCAUAUCUAGAAACAACGAUUAGU